AUGGCUUAUUUUCGCAGCUUCUUUGGUGGUGGAGGAGUAGAAUCCGAGGAGGAAGAUGGCGCCGAGAUCGUCGAGAAAAUGGUGGAAAGGGCUGAGACAUGCACAGCUCUGGAAGAUCGAAGAGAUGCUUUGCGAGCACUGAGAAGUAUGGCAAAGAAACUUCGAUUAGCUGUUGGAACCAUGGGAUUGAAUGUUUACAUGGAUGUGUUAGAAAAGGAACGAUCGAACCCAGAAAUAAUUGCCAUUACACUCGAAAUUCUGGUCGCAGUUCUUAGCAGUGACGAUGAAAACACCGAUGACGAUGAGCUUGGAGAACGCCUUGCAGAGGUCAUGCUUAAAAAAUCUGUGUUUAUUCCUUCGGUCCUAGCGGCUAUAGAUGAUUAUGACAUAACUGUGCGAAGAGUAGGAAUCCAACUUCUGACCUCUCUGCUUCGUCACCGCGGUCCGGAAGUACAGACAGCAGUGAUGGCGCAGCCUACAGGAGUACCUCAUCUUGUGGAUAUUGUUCACGAUCGGCGUGAAGUAGUCCGUAAUGAGGCAGUAUUGAUGCUCUGUGAGCUGAGCAGAUCAAAUGCGCAGAUUCAGCAACUUCUUGCCUAUGAAAACGCGUUUGUUCAUUUGCUGGACAUUAUCGAUACGGAGCCUCUCGAUAGCAUCAUAAUUGAGGACUGCUUGUUCGUGAUUCUGAACCUAUUGAGGAAGAAUGCCAUGAAUCAGCAGCUCUUUCGAGAAAACAACUUGAUUUCCCGCCUUGGAAUUGUUCUGAAUGCUUUCCUUUAUGGAAAUGAAGAAGACGAACCCGACAACGGGGAGUGGGUUAAGCAACGAACUGCGAAUAUAAUCUUUCUUCUACAGGUUAUUAGGAGUUUGGUCAGUCCUGACAACUCUGUCACAAAUACACACGCCGCACAAAAGGCUCUUCAUCACACCAAAAUGCUUGCUGAAUUGUGCCGAGUUCUUUUGUCCGAAUUAGGACUGCCAAUAGAAGUACUGACAGAAACCGUCAUAGCAGUAGCCGAAGCAAUCAGAGGAAAUUACACGAAUCAAGAAUAUUUUGCCAGCACGACCCUAAUAACCAGUGAAAAUGUCACUAGAACAUCACUCGUGGUACUGCUGAUAUCUAUGACAGCUGAAAAACAGCCGUUUAAAAUGCGAUGUGCUGUAUUCUAUUGCUUCCUAUCGUAUUUACACGAUAAUGAGUUCGGCAAAGCGAAAGUUAUCGAAACCUUGCUUCCAGCAUCUCAACCAGAAACCACACUUUCAACUGGUUCUCUCAUUUGUCAGGCCAUAACUUCCGGCGAGUCUGUCCAGUGCUGGUUUGGUUGUGUGUCGCUUCUGUAUUGUCUGCUUGAUGUGGAACAUCUCAGCGACCAGUUACUGCGAGUGCAACUGUCGACUACCAUCGACCAACCUCCGAUAUCGUUGCUUAAACAUGUUUCUAAUCUUCUGGUAAGCAUGGGUAACCGUAGGGUGCAAAUGCGAGCUGGUGUGUUAAUGUUGCUGUCUACAUGGCUGAACAAUUGUCCUGCUGCUGUUGUGGGUUUCAUUGAAAAUGAAGACAAUCUACAGUACCUGACAACACAAAUACUGGAUGAUUGCGGUGAAGGAACAGAAAGUGAACAACAAGUUCUGAAAGGCCUUAUGGCUUUCCUUUUGUUGGUUUGUUUGCAAAAUGUCGAAGAUGUUGACGCAAAGACUUCUCUCGAACAACUCGUAGAUAGGAGAGUUGGCCGAGAGGUAGUUAUCGGAGCCGUGGAGGGAUUGUCUCGAACAGAACAGUUUGUUCGAGCUGCUCAGAAGCCGCAACCUCUCACAAAGACUCCGAACGAAUUGUUUUUGGAUUAUCACUUCAUUAAGAUGUUCAAGGCAUCAGAAGCUCAGCUGUUGAAGAUGCUAAAACCAACUGGCGAAUUUAACGGAACUGCUUCAAAUGACAGCAUCAUUCAGUCCUUUAAGGACCUCAUUAAACGUCAAGACGAGGAAAUCGCAAUCCUCAAGCAGGAAGCCAAAAGGUCAGCGGCGCAAAUUGAGCAACUGAAACAAGCGAGCGACAAAACUGAAAUAGAGCGCGAACUAGAAGACGUGAAAAAGAAGCUCGAGGAAAGUCGAGCUCUCAGCGUUCAAAAUGAUGCUAUCCAGUUACAGAUGCAGGAGAUGUACAGGGUUAAUGAGCAAUGGCGUGCGGAAGCCGGGAAAUACAAGCAGUGGGCGGAACAAUGGCAGCAAUACCAGUUAGCGCAGUUACCUAAUCCGACCGAAACGGCGGUGACAUGCCUCCAACAACAAGUACAACAACUUGAACAACAGCUUGCAUACGGGUACCAAGCUUUCGAGGAACACAGCAAAUCGAUGGCUAAAUACGCGAGCGAUUGCGCAGGAUGGAAAGCAAGGGCGGAAGCGGCCGAAGCACAGCUAGCGACUGAGAAUGAAGAAAAAAAGGAGGAGAAAGUGUUAGAAAAUGGAGCUGGCGGAAAAGAUGAGCUGGCUCUUCUGAAAUCCGAGCAAGAAGAUCUAUUAGUCCUUCUCGCUGAUCAACAUAAUAAAAUCACGCAAUACCGUAAUCGACUGAGAGAGCUUAAGCAACCUGUUACCGACGAUGACGAUGACUAA